AUGCUGCUGUUGCUGCUGCUACUGUUGGCCACAGUGCAGUCCAGGACAGGGGCUGUUCCUGUGGUCAGAAAGCUCCACGUUUCCCUGGACACCAGGGAAUGUCAUAUAGCCCAGUUCCAGUCUCUGUCACCACAAGAGUUGCAGGCCUUCAAGACAGCCAAGGAUGCCUGUGAAGAGCAGCUCCUGCUGAAGGACUCCAGGUGCAGAGCGCACCUCUUCCCCAGGACUUGGGACCUGAGGCAGCUGCAGGUGUGGGAGCGCCCCGUGGCCCUGCAGGCUGAGCUGGCCCUGACACUGGAGGUCCUGGGCACCGUGACUGACCCAUCCCUUGGGGACAUCCUGGAGCAGCCCCUCCACACCCUGCGUCACAUCUAUGCCAAGCUGCAGGCCUGUGUCCUGUCCUCGCCCACAGCACAACGCAGGCCCCGCAGCCGCCGCCUGUCCCAUUUCCUGCAGAGGCUCAACCAGGCCUCCAAGAAGGAGUCCCGUGGCUGCCUCCAGGCCUCUGUUGCCUUGAACCUCUUCCGCCUACUCACCCGGGACCUGAGAUGUGUUGCCAGGCCUGACCUGUGUGCCUGA